CUGUUAGUUUAGGUAGGUUCGAUUUCGUUUCUGAAGAGUCUAAUUACUGCUUGGUAUAUAUACUUUCGUUCCGCCCUAUCUCCUCAUGACACCUUGCCCCACCGCCCAUUAUUCAGCUACCCUUUUAUGAUACUCGGCUAUCUUACAUUCUCUUAUUUUGCUGGACACCUCCCUCACUUUGACAAUCUCAACGCUCUUGUCUCACCCUCGCCUACAAUCUAUACACCUCACAUCAACCAACAUGGGUGUUAACGCAGAACGUAUAGCUGGCCACAGCAACCUUUCUCUCGCCCAAGCUGUUUAUAUCGCUCAGAACAGUGACGGAGGAAUCGAUCAGCAGCUGGCUCGGUUCCUCGAGAAACGGCUAGCACAAGUUUGGUCAAAGCUUAAUGCUCAACCUAACUCUUACAUGCUGCCAUCAGACGAGUUCGCCCUUAUCAACUACUAUCGACAACGUUUCGGUGACUCGGAAGUCCUGAAGAGCGCUACAAAACGGUUCUGGGACAACCAUACGGGGACUCAAUAACUUUUCAACUUUUCCUGAUCGUUGCACUUGCGAGUUUUGAAGCAAGCACAAUUUGAGAUAUUUUCAGCAUUCAACGGACCGGAAGCCAUUAGGAGUUUUUGCAUUUUUCGCACGAUACCUCUGACA